GUUGGCUUGGUCUCGGGUCAGGGGGUCGCGGGGCGGAUUCCACGUGGGUGCGGGGACUGGGCGGUUGGCGGGAGGGACUGGCGGAGUCCCGCAGAUGGCGCGCGGGGAUCGAGCCGCCGGCUGCCCCGGGCUGUGCCCCCCGAGCCUGUCAUUCCCUUCGCCACAAGCUGCCCCUUGACUAAAUCGUGCGGUGGGCUCCGGCGCGUGCGCCUGCCCCAGGCCAGGGCUCGCGGCGGAACGACGCCACCUGGGACUCUCGCGUUCUGCGGGGACAGAAUUAAUAAGAUGGCAAAACAGAAGAGAAAAGUUACCGAAGUGACAGAGAAAAAGAAGAAAAAACUGAAGAAGGCAUUGACAAAAGAGAACCUGCUGGCACCCGAAGCCACGCCGGGGACCAAGCAAGUGCACCCCGAGGGAGACACAGUGUCGGGGACCAAGCAGGAGACGGCCCCUGAGCUGCCUGCGCUGACCCCAGAGGAGAAGAGGGUCCGGGACAGGAAGCUGAAGAAGGAGCGGAGGAAAGAGGAGAGGAGGCGGCUGCGGGAGUCAGGAGCAGCCCAGAGCCUGCCGGCCAAGCGCUCUGGGUCCCAGCUGGCCCUGGACUACCUCCGUGGCUGGGCCGAGAAGCGUGAGAACUGGAGAUUUCAGAAGACAAGGCAGACGUGGCUGCUGCUGCAUAUGUACGACAGCGACCAGGUUCCUGAUGAGCUCUUCUCUACCCUGCUGGCCUACCUGGAGGGGCUCAGGGGCCGCGCCCGGGAGCUGACGGUGCAGAAGGCGGAAGCCCUGAUGCGGGAGCAGGACGAGGCCAGCGGCGCAGAACCCCUCCCGCAGGGGAAGACCCAGCGCAUCCGGCAGGUGCUGCAGCUGCUCUCCUAGGGGGUGGCCGGCAGGAUGCAGCCACCCCCCAGCAGAAGACCCCGACGAGGAGCAGGUGGGGUACGCGCUGGCCCACUGCCCUGGGGACUUACAGGCGCUGAGUCCCUGUGCCUGCUGGCACCUGACCCUUGCAGGGACUGACUCUGCCUAGCCAGACUGUUUAUAGACAAUGACGCGUUUUUGUGCUUUUACAGCAGAAAGUGGCCACUGCGACCUCACCUAGAGGUUUAUCCUGGCCUCCCAGUGGCCCUCAAGACUGCAGGGUGGUUGCUUGUUGAGAGAAAGGUCUAUUUUUCUACUUGGAAUGUCUUAGAAAUUGACCAGAGCCAGCCCAUCCCUCCAGCUGUCGUCCAUCCCCGCUGGGGGGAAGAGGGGAUCCCUCUGGUGCCGGCCACCUGCAUCCGGGUCACCUGCCUGUGUUCCCCAGCGGGUCCGGGCCAUGCUUGCCCAUCUGUCACCUCCUUCUUGGGGCCUGCUGGGCCCUCACUGACCAGUCCCAGGGAAAACCUGGCUGCAUUUUCAAUAAAACUGGCCCGUGUCGGCCGUGGCCCUCA